CGGCAAACACCACAAGGCAGUCAGCCAUCGCACGAUGCUCCCAUUCCAGCCCCUGAUAUGAUGCCGCCAUCCAUUCUGAUCCUCAUCCAUGGGAUUCUCUGCAAUGGGAUGGCGGCGGCAUCCUCGGUGCUCUCAGCUCAGGAGGACUCAUCGCUCGAUGCCACCAGGAGAUCCCAUCGGCACAGCAGCCCUCAAGCACGACUUGCAAGGCGCCGCCGAUGGCUCGGGCUGAACAAUGAGUCGAGUUCGUUUGAGGAGGGUGGCAGCAGCAGCAGCAGCAGCAGUGCAGCAACGGCCUCAUAUGAUCCCAUCGCUGAUGAUCCCCAGCAACACCACCACCAUCAUCACGGUGCAUUUUAUCCUAUCAACACACGUCUUGCUUUGGGCAGUGUUGCAAGGUCCAAGGCACUGCACCACCUGGACCGUCAAGGGAGGGCGGGGGGGCUUGUGGAUGAGGCGGCGGUGCGUGCGGUGAUGGCCGAUCAGAGGGGCACACACUUGUUACACAACCAUGGUGCGGGUGGUUCGGCGGCACGGCCCCUGCCGGCCGUCGACACGCAGAGCGAGGCGCUGUCGGCCAUGGGGCUGACGGACAAUGGGGCGGUAGCUGACACACCGCCACCUAGCUUCGUGGACGAAACAGCCACAUCGACCAGCACACCGAGGAUUGUACCUGACGCCGGUGGGUGAUCCCAAUCUGACUUCUGCAACCGACUUGCAAAGCCUGGUUUCUGUGUGCCUGUGUGUCAGCCCGUGACUUCCAGCCACUGGACACAUCCUUGGGCUACCUGCUGAGUGCGCCACUGAUUCCACAACAAAGGUAGACUGAGCCGAUAGAUAAUACGCCACACACUCUGUCUGUCAGUGUCUGAUGCCAUCGUCUGUCCGUCUACACCCGCAGGCCAGCGAGUGCGAUGAACACGUCUCGCGUCGAGUGGCGGCCAUGCCCCGAGACCAACAACAUACCAACCACACUUAUCGUCAGGGCACAAUCGGUCAGCUGAGACGACAGUACACAACGGACACACACGGAGAAAUUAGGUUGCUCGGAUCGGUUCAGGAGUGCAGCGGCAGCGGCCCGCACAGAGGAGGGCUGUGGACCGAUAUCGAUAACAUUCCGUGAGCGGCACACAUGCACACAAAUGGAUGGAGGGAUGGACGGAUUGACGGAUGGAUGGAUGGAUGGAUUGACGGAUGGAUGCUUUGCAGUGUCUUUGAAUUUUCCGGCGAGACUUUGGUGUUUGACUUCCGCGACAACCAGGCCACGCUGCCACUCUUCUAUGGAGGUGCGCAAGUGGGCGGGCGAGUCUCCCCCUCCCCCCAUCCCUCCCUCCCUCCCUCCCCUCAUGUGUGUGUGUGUGCAGAUGUGUGGGUGCACGUGGUCAACGACACCUCGACGGUGGUCGGUUCGCUCAACACCAACCUGAGCCCCAUGUCUCUCGUCAAGCCCUCGGUGACCACGGCCAGGUUCGCCGACUGCACCGGCAAGGCCCUCUACAAACUCACCGAGGAGGCCGACGUCAGCACCGUUGCACAAGACACCACCUUUCUGACAUACACUCUCGCUGACGAUAAGGUGAGCAGGUGACCCACAGGCCGGCGGGGGCGGCUGUUUCUCUGUGUGCAGAUGUGUGGGUGUGUGUGUUUGUGCGUGUGUGUAGGGUGUGUUGGGUCAGGUGAAGAGCAAGCUGGGCGACACGAAGCUCUAUGUGAUAGACCACGACGGCAACAGGGUCGCCACCAUCACCAGGCAAGUCACUCCUGUACACCACACCCACGGCCACCUCAUCUCACACAGGUGAUCGAUGAUGCAGGAGUGGUAGUUGGGCUGCGAAGGACAGGACGUUCUGCGGCCAACAUGCAUUCUGGAGCGUUCAAUACUCUAAUGCACCUGUAGGUGUGCACGUGACGUGACAUCUUCCGGCCACAAAGGAGAGAGACAUAGCACACGACUUGUGUGUGUGUCCAUUCCAUCUCAUGUGUGUCAGGAUGGGCCUUUCCUGGCCCAAGCAGAGCAGCGGUGGGUGGUGGCUUCGCUCAUAACAGUCAAGUCGAUAUGGGACGAGAGCCGUGACCCCUCCACAGGCGUCGUCCACUCAUUCGCAUGGCCAAACUUCUUGGUCGGUGGUUCGUGUGGGUAUACGUGCUGAUGGUGUGUGAUGCUGUCUGUGUGCGGUGUCCUCCAUGCAGAUGUACCUGGUUGUGGUGGUGGUAGUGCCCCUGGGCACCAUCCUGGCUGUCGUGCUCUUCCUAUACUGCUGCCAAAACAACGUCCUCAGGCUCAUACAAAACAUCGAAAAGGCGGUACACACGCCCGCACAGGCGCAUCAAGGCGGUCUGUGUCUGUCUGUGUCUGUCUGUGUGGGUCUGUGUGUGCAGGUGAUGCCCGAGCGGCGCUUCAAGUCGCUGCGGUAUCAGGACCCCAUCACAUGACGACUGACUGAAGGACAGACCGACAGCUAGCUGUAGCUGAAGGAGUAGGUGUGGACGGUUGGUUGGAGGAUGGGUGUACGUGUGAGUGACGUUCCCGUGUGUGUGCGUGAGAGUGUGAAUAUUUCUCGUC